AUGCUGAAACUGAAUACUGCUAUAUAUCAAAAGAUUGCUGAAAAACGAAGUAACCUCGAUCAGCUUCGAGAGUUUCGCUCGUUAGCUGACGAUUUGGUCAAUGAACUUGAGAAUAUAGGCGAGGACCUUGGUCGCAUGAAAGGCGGCACAGCUAGUAUUGCAUCUAUUGUUGCUAAUUGGCAAAACGUAAUUCAAUCCAUUUCAUUGGCAUCUAUUGGCUUGAUGCGGCUGGUGAAUGAAAAUGCAGCUAAUGAAGAAGAAAAGGAGGAAAUGGAAGUCGAGGGUAAAGACGGCGAGAAAGUGAAACUGAAACUGAAGGAAAUUGUACAGUACCCAGAGCCUCUUGUUCGAAUUAAAUUGGAACAGGAACGGGAUUUUGGAGAGGCAAAAUCAAAUGAAAAAGACGUCGAAGAAGAGAAUGAAGAUAAUAUUCAUGAAAAUUGA